AUGAAGUGGGUCAUCCCGACGUCCGUGCGCAAGUGGUACUCGUUUGGCGGCGCGGCGGCCGGGCCUGGCAGCGGCGCCCACGGCCUCGUCUUCUCGACCAAAGGCUACAAGAACUUUCUCGUGCUCACCGACACGUGGGGUCGCCAGGAGCAGUGGAUCCACGCGAUCGAGGACGCGGUGAUUGGGCUCCAGUCGCGCGCGCAGGUGCAGUCGAGUGCGAACGCGCUUGCGAUCGAGAUCGACAACGAAGCCGACAACAGCAACAUCAUGACGUCACAGGACGUCCGGCCGGUCGUGAGCCCGCCCCGAAAGCGCUCCAACACGACCACAUCGACCAAGACGACGGGGGAGCUGGACCUCAAGAUGUUCCAGCGCGGGUGCCAAGUCGACAACCUCGCGAAAGCCAAGGGACUGCGGCUGCCGCCUCGCUUCCAAACGGACCCAAAGGAGACGCCGCUCAUGAGCCUCAAGGCGCUCGGCAAAGACAACAAAAUUGGCAUGCGCCACGUAGCGUCAACGCCCAACCUUGCGUCGUUCGCCAAGUCGUCGUACUAG